AUGAGGCCUGUGGUGAUGUGCCAACAUCAGUGGUAUUGCUACUCUGAGGUCACACCUGUUGCAUUAGUGGGAGUAACUCCAAAAGCUUUUCUUCUCCUCAAUCCUCCAUGGUCCACAAACUUCAAAAACAACAGAGUGACUCUCACAUGCAGGGAUUCCCUUUCUCCAGCCCAAGGAGACAUAUCUUGGUAUCAUAAUGAUCAUUUGUUGGAUAAUAAAUAUGAAGAGAUCCAAAUACACGAGACUGGAUAUUACAAAUGCAAGACUCGAAGAUCUUCUCCCAGUGACCCCGUACAUAUGGAUUUUUUAUCUGAAAGACUGAUCAUUCAGGCUCCACACCCUGUCUUUGAAGGAGAUGAUGUUGUUCUGAGAUGCCAGGGGAGAGAAGCAACAAGUGAAACAGUUUUUUACAAAAAUGGAAAAAAAAUUAGUAAGAGCUAUACAUCAAACUUCACACUAAAUUCAGUCUCCAGGGACAAUGGCAAAUAUCAUUGUACUGCUUCUAGAAAAGCCUUUUGGGGAAACACAAGGAAAGAAAUUUCAAAACCUCUAACAAUUCAAGUUCAAGAGCUGUUUCCCCCUCCUGUGCUGACAGCCAGACCCUCCCAGCCCAUAGAGGGGAGACCAGUGACCCUGAAAUGUGAGACUUGGCUCCCUCCACAGCGGUCAUACAUUCAGCUUCAAUUCUGCUUCUUCAGAGAAGACCAGGCCUUGGGAUCAGGCUGGAGCAGCUCCCCAGAGCUCUAUUUACCUACCAUGUGGAGUGAAGACUCAAGCUCUUACUGGUGCCAGGCAGAGACAGUGACUCACCGUGUCAGGAAAAGAAGCUUGAGAUCCCAGAUACAUGUGCAGAGAGUCCCUGUGUCUGCUGUAAAUCUAGAGAUCCAGCCCCCCGAGGGGCAGCUGAUUGAAGGAGAAAAUCUGCUCCUUAUCUGCUCAGUAGCCAAGGGUACAGGGACUGUCACAUUCUCCUGGCACAGAGAGGGCACAGUGAGAAGUUUGGGAACAAAGACCCAGCGUUCCUUGUCGGCAGAGCUGCAGAUACUCACUGUGAAGGAGCGUGAUGCUGGGAGAUACUACUGUGCAGCUGACAACAUUCACGGUCCCAUCCUCAGUGAACUGAUCAGAGUCACACUGAGAAUUCCAGUGUCUCGCCCUGUCCUCACCCUCAGGGCUCCUGGGGCCCAGGCUGUGGUGGGGGACAUGAUGGAGCUUCACUGUGAGGCCCAGAGAGGCUCUCCCCCGAUCCUGUACCGAUUUUAUCAUGAGGAUGUCAGCCUGGGGAGCAGCUCAGCUUCCUCUGGAGGAGGAGUGUCUUUCAACCUCUCUCUGACUGCAGAACAUUUUGGAAACUACUCCUGUGAGGCUGACAAUGGCCUCGGGGUCCAGCUCAGUGACAGAGUGACUCUCAAUGUCACAGUUCCAGUGUCUCAUCCUGUCUUCACCUUCCACCCUGCUGGGGCCCAGGCUAUGGUGGGAGAUGUGUUAGAGCUUCGCUGUGAGGCCCAAAGAGGCUCUCCCCCGAUCUUGUACUGGUUUUACCACAAGAAUGUCACCCUGGGGAGCAUCUCGGGCCCCUUUGGAGGAGGAGCAUCCUUCAACCUCACUCUGAUGGCAGAGCAUUCUGGGAACUACUUUUGUGGGGCUGACAACGGCCUGGGGGUCCAGCGCAGUGAGAUGGCGACACUCAGCGUCACAGAUGGAUCUCUUCACUUAGGGCCUUCCAGUAACAAAACAACACUUAUCACCGAGGGGGUCACUGCAGGGCUGCUAAGCAUCCUUGGCCUUGCUGCUGCUGCUGCUCUGGUGUGUUACUUCAGGAUCCAAAGGAAUUCAGGAGGACUUUCCACCACUGGAACACCUAGUUACAGUCCCAGGGAGUUUCAGGAACCUUCUAGAACCUCCAACACAGACCCCCAAGAGCCCACUUACUCUGAACCACCAGACCCAAUGGAACUGCAGCCAGUGCACAGCAAUGUGGAUCUUGGUGAGAGCAACCUGGUUUAUUCCCAGAUCUGGAGUAUCCAAGAUACAAAAGAAAAUUCAGCAAAUUCACCAAAGAAACACUGGGAGGAUAAGGAGCCUGCAGUCAUCUAUUCAGAGUUGAAGAAGGCACAUCUAGAUGAUUCUGCAGGGCUGGCCAUCAAUCAAGACAGGGAUCCUGAAGAUGCUGCAGAAAACUAUGAGAAUGUCCCUUGUGCAUUGUCAGCCGUAGACCACUAG